AUGCAAUACAUUAUAACCCUAGAAUAUAUAUUUUAUCCCUUUUUAAGUAAAACUUGGGAUUCUUUUGAUAAUUUUGAUGAUCCAGUGGAAAAGACUGUAACAAAUCAGAUAUAUGAAAAUAUAUGCAUUACAGUUUCGGGUUUGUUAAAAAAGAAUGAAGAAAAGUACAUUAAUUAUUGCAAGAAGAUUGUAAGAAAUUAUAAUCUACUUUGUGGUGAUCCAAAUAAAUGCAAGCCUCAGUCUAGCUAUUGCAAUGAUUUGAACAACUGGUUAUGUAAUUCUAUGAAAAAAGAAAAAUUCGAUAGUAAUUUUAUAAGUAAACUUUUCGGUACUAUUAGAUUCCUGUCGAAUAAUUAUGUUUUAAAAGAAAAUACAUGCCCAUAUUCUUCAUAUGAUGAAGAUUAUUUAGAACCUACUAACAUAAUAAUAUUAAAUAUUUUUCAAUCAAAUAUGGACAUUAUUAAAAAAAUAUUGGAGGAAAACAAUGAUUCAAUAAGCUGUUCUUGUCAAAUGUUCGUCAUUAACGGCGCAAAUAUAUAUAAAGACAUGAAUGACAAAUAUUGCUCUAAUGAUAAGGCUAAUAUUACAGAAAAUAUUAAAACUUGUUCAUAUUUAAAAACUUUUAUGAUGACAUAUAAUUUAUACCUUUAUAAUGUUUCAUCUAUAAAACAUAAAAUACCAUCAUUAACAUCUGCAAAAACAAUAAACACAAUUAGAUGUACCUCGCAUGAUGAUAUAAAGGUACAAGAAAUAGAAAAUCGAGCAUCAAUAUUAAGAGCCGACGAAGAUAUAAAAUUUGUAGGGAACAAAUUGAGUGACACAAUAAGCGCAUUACAAUAUUCUGAAACUAACAAUUUAAAUUCUUCAUUAAUAAAUAUAUUACCCACAAUUCUUGUUACAAUUGUCGCUGUUUCUUCCUUUCUGUUUUUGUUCUAUAAGUUUACUCCAAUUGGUAAAUUCUUUCGUUCCACACAAGCAACAAAAAGAACAAAAGAAAUUUAUAGUGGAGGUGAAGAUAACGAAUUAUUAUAUCAUAUACCUGGUAAUAUGAAUAGUAAUUCAUAUAAUCAGAGAUAUGAUAUUGCUUAUGGAAACAUGUAA